UCACACUCUUCAAUCUCUCCUUGCAGCCUUUGAUCCAAAGGCUUUUCUGCUUUCUAAGAAUUCAACAUCCUCCCAAAGCUCAAAUUCAGAAACCAUGGUCGACUCUACUUCUGCUCUGCAACAAAACAAUCUGCCAAGAAGUCACAAUCUUGAUCCCAAGGCCUUUCUCCUCUCUAGGAAUUCUACUUUAACUUCUCUCGGGAACUCGAAUUCAGCAGCCAAGGAGGAGGAGAUUACCAUUGCCCAGCCACCAAAAACCCAUAAGCCGAGUCACCCUCUAGAAUCUCUCUAUGCAACACUUGAUCCCAAUGCUUCCAUCCAUACUCUGAAUUCGACCUCCUCCUCUUUACCCGAGCUGCUAGAAUUCACCCUGGCUGAUUUUGCUGUAGAAAGAGGGCCGAGAUACAGGGCUUACGCUGAACUGAGAGAAUCCAAGCUAAGGAGCAAACACAAUAUGAUGAUCAAGGAUGUACCAGAGUCGACAGUGACGUCUCCCAAGAAAAGGGUAACUUUCCAAGGGCCAGUUGCAGGCCGUGCGAGGAAUGGAACGUCAGUAGUUACUCGAUCGGUGCCGGAUUUCUCAGCCAUUCUGAGGAAAGAGAACAGAAGGCCCCCAUCACCGACAUUGCCGUCCAUAUUGGAGAUGACACCACCACUUUCUUCUAAGACUUCGAAAUUGAGCGUGGCGACAUCGAAACUGGGUAGUAAAUCGACCAAUGCAAUGGAGAAGAAGGGUGGGGGAGCAUUGAUGAGAAAGAGUUACGCCAGCGUUGAGGAGCUGAAAGGACUGUCUUCUGCUGUUGCCUCUGCCAUUAAUGGAGAGAGCAGAGGCGGGAAGGGCAGCCGAGGGAUCAAUCGAACUGUUUUAGGCUACAGACACUACUGAUUGUGGAGCUGUGGUCCCAUUCUUCCCAUACACAAUGCGCUUCUCUUUUUUAUUUUUCUACUUAACCGUAUAAAUGUUUCGUACCUUCUCUUCUUCCUUGUUUUGAGAGAAUUGGUGUUUCCUUCUAUUUCUCAUUCUUUCACGGAUUGAUUGUGGAUUUUAUAUUCUUCUUUUCUUCAAUACCUUUUCCUUUUCCACGUGUAUGAAGCUAUAAACUGAAAAGUCAUGUAUAAAAAGCUGGAAUUGAUGAUAAAUAAAAGAGUUGGAAUUUCUU